AUGUCGGAGAAGAAGGGGGAUUGUGGCAAACACGGCCAUAAGAGGAACCCAAACGACAAGAUCAGCAUAUACUACAACAGACUCGAUGUGUUCGUGGAGUACAGCAACCAGCAGAUCACUCUCCCUACUAGAUUGCCUCCGACGUACGAGGGUCACAAAGACUUCAACAUCUGGUCGCCGUUCAUCUACGGAUCAAACGUGCUGAUUGCACCUUAUCCGGUGGUCUCGCUGUCUCAGGAUCAGAACAUCAGGACGGUCUUGAUCAAAAUCAAGGUCUAUGGACGGGUUAGAUGGAAGAAAAUGAAUCCACAGAAAAUGACAGAGAAACUCAUAUCUCAAUACAUGUUGAUAAUAAUGAGACUGAAAGAACAAAUGACACAACUGUAA